GGACACAAGUUUCUAGACUGUGGUUCGAAUGGUUUCUCUCACCUUCCAGGCUCAAACUUCACAUCUCUGUAUCUAAAAACACCUUUAUUUGUUCUCAAUGUCUAAAGAGUCAGUUUGCAUGGGUUUCUAGAACUUGAUUUAAGGCUGUUGUUGCAACCUGCUUUGCAAACAUCUCUUGCUUUGAUAUUGAUCCAAAACUGUGACCCUGCAAGUAUACUCUCACUAAUUGAAAAUGGUCACAGUGACCCCAUUCUUGGCACUAAGAGCUGUGUUGAUUUACUGUAGGAAAAUGCAACACUGAUAAACAGGCACAUUUGUGAGUCACGAAGCAAGUGUGACUUUGUCAACAUCACAGAGCUGAGGUUUACACCAAAAUAGUCACUCACUCUGCUACAUAGGCAACGGUAAUGGAAUAUUGAGUAUUUCGGUUCUUCCUGUUUAUCUUGCCUAAUGGAGUCUUUGCAUUUACAUUUUUGGGCUGUUGCGAAAAAAAUGUGGCAUCAGAGUAUAAAGGAAGAGACGUAUUUGCCAAACAGGCACCUCGUCUUGCGCAAGUCCUCUAACUGUGACAACUCAGAUGUUUGCUUGACUUUGUUGAAUUCGACAGCAAGAGAAGACCAGGGAGUUUGAUAAAUGUUCCAUUAUACACCAGCAAUAUGAAGAAAUCGUUGUGAAUGGAAUGCCAAUGUUGUGAGCCCAAGUAUGGCCGCUUCCGGAACGACUCUGUGACCUCCUCCGACGACCUGAUGCAGAGCCUAGCCAUGAGUGGGAAGGUGGUGGCCACACCGGUGGCCUCCUCAUCCAUGUCUGGCUUGGAGCUUCCGUCCCUGGAGACAGCUUCCCUUCCUCCGCCCUCAGCCCAGGUGCUGGCCGACUCGCCUGGGCUGGAUGGCGAGCAGGAAAGCACUACCACUUUCUGUAUGCUCAUCCCCAAGAUGCCUCAGUGGAAGUUCUCCAACUCGCUACUUAGUCGAAGCCCCUCCAAUAGCAGCUCCAGUUCUGGUUCCAGCAAGGACUCUGGCAGGGCUACUGCAACCGAGAGUCCUGCACCCACUUCUGGGGGUGCAGCUGCUGCCAGCGGUCCUGUGGCUAGUCUUGCUGCUGUAUUCAACUCCUGUGACCCUGUUUGUGUGGACCCCUGUUCCCUACAGGCUGUUAGGCGGCAGAGGGCCAUCGGGCGUUCACCCAGUCCCAGAGAGUCCGGUGCAAGGGCCACCAAGGGGAGUCCAGGGGGCUCUGGGAACUUCAAGAUAGGGAUGAGCCGGAGGACCAGGGUGGAGGGUAUGUGGCUGGGAGAUAACUUCACCCAGAAGGGCAGCUUUAUCAAUAAGCCAUCCCAAGGGUGGUUGCACCCAGACAAGAAGAUCAGCAGCACUGGGGCUUCCUAUAUCAUCAGGUAUAUGGGUUGCAUUGAGGUUCUGAAAUCCAUGCGAUCUUUGGACUUCAGCACUAGGACACAGGUCACAAGGGAGGCCAUCAACAGGUUGUGUGAAGCUGUACCUGGAGGAAAAACUGCCUGGAAGAGGAAAGCCGCCAACAGAACCCUCCAGUCCAUCAUGGGGAAGAGUAACCUGCGUUUUGCUGGAAUGAGCAUCGGCGUCAACAUCUCCAUCGAUGGCUUGAGUUUGCUCGUCCCCACCACACGACAGGUGAUUGCUCACCACCCCAUGCAGUCCAUCUCUUUUGCAUCUGGUGGAGACUCGGAUACGCCUGAUUACGUCGCUUACGUAGCCAAAGACCCUGUCAAUCAAAGAGCGUGUCAUAUCCUGGAGUGCUCUGACGGUCUUGCCCAAAAUGUGAUCAGUACCAUCGGUCAGGCCUUCGAACUGCAGUUUAAACAGUAUCUACACAGUCCACCUAAAGCCAUUCCCACUGUGGACAGGAAUAUACGAACAGAGGAGUCAGCAUGGGGUGAUGAUGAGGAGUCGUCCGAGCACGAUUACUACAAUAGCAUCCCAGGCAAGGAGCCGCCGGUGGGGGGAGUGGUGGACUCCAGACUCAGGCCUCCAGCGGGCCUACUGGGCCACAUCCAUACACAACCACAGAGCAAAAAUGCACACAUGGGGUCACUGGCCAAAAGAGAUGCAAGCAGCCUUGCUGCCACCCACUUGUGUUAUGAAGUUCACUGGGACGCAGAGAACAGCAGUAACUCAUGUUUGACGUCAGAUGGUUACUUGCGAGCAGACGGUCAGCCUCCUGGCAGCCGAGAUUAUGAAGAGCACCUGUAUGUAAACACUCAGAAUCUGGACAAUCUGGAGGCCUCUGCGAAUGCCCUGGGAGGACGGAGGCCCGAGAGCCCCAAGAAAGAUAUCUUUGACAUGAGGCCAUUUGAGGACGCCUUGCGUCUACACGAAGCUGGGGGAGUUUGUGUAUUGGAGGACAAAUGGCCGAGUCCACCAAGGCGCCGGGCCCCUGUGGCCCCCACAGAGGACCAGCUCCGACGUGAGAUGUGGUACCAUGGCCGCAUGAGCCGCAGGGACGCUGAAAAUCUUCUGGGCCGAGAUGGAGAUUUCCUGGUGCGGGACAGCGCAACUAACCCGGGCCAGUAUGUGCUGACGGGAAUGCAAUGUGGACUUCCCAAACAUCUGCUGCUCGUGGAUCCAGAAGGAGUGGUUCGGACAAAAGACAUGCUUUUUGAGAGCAUCAGUCACCUGAUCAACUACCACCUAACCAACAAGCUGCCCAUUGUUGCGGCAGAGAGCGAAUUACACCUCCAACAGGUGGUAUGCAGAAAGCAUUGACCCCCACUUCAAGCCUUUACACAUGAGAGCAAGGCCAUCCCCUGUGCCGCCAAUCUAGAGGCCCCACAAUAUUGCCUUAAACAGACUCCGAGCUUCCACUGGGACUUGUGGGAUAUCACUAAUCUUUAGGCACUGACCACAAACUACAGCUUUCAGUAUGCCUUGCUCAAUCGACCCCUUCUUCAACCAACUGGAAGACCCCCACACCCCAACUGAGAGCUUCACAUUGGGAAAUAAAGUCCUCAUAAACCUCUCCCUUCUGCAAAUCAGACCCUGCAAUUCCCAGCAUACUGCUCUUGGAUGUAAAAAAUGUGAACUUACUUCCUCUACAUCCAUAUGAGCAUUUUGUCUUGACUGGGCUGUCGUUUCUAAAUGUGAUGGCUUCAGUAACUGUGAUUGUGAUCUUCUCUGAUGAUCACCUCUUUAGAACUCUGGACAUCAGUAUCUUGUUGUGCUUAUAAAAAUGGUCAACAGUUUGUUCUCAGGAUGCAGUAUUUGACAAGGACAUUAUAAGCUUAGGAGCUUACUUGCUUUAACUCAGUCAAAUGCAGUUUAAUUGAAUGCACAUGUUUAAUUUAUUAACUCUCAGGACCAAAUGUUGGGUCAUGCUCAUGUGGUGUUACCAGUCCCCACCCCCCAACUUUUUUUCUUUUUUUUUUACAAUAGUGAUUAUUGUGAUCCAGAAAUGAAGUAUAAACAUUAUAUUCAACAUAUAGAAGACAACCAAACAUCUGGAUAUAUUCCAUUUCUCUUUUUUGGUUACUCACAUAAACAAAUGCCCACCGUUUCAUUUCAGGUGUACUAGUAAUAUAGCAUCAAAGCUCAUAAAAUAUUAUAUAAGAAAUAUUUUACCCAACAAUGGAAAUUCUGACACAUAUGACUUUCUUCUGUAGAACAUGGAAAUGUAGCUCUCUUCCAUAUAACGAAAGUAUACAAUGAUAAUUCACAUACGGUGCAUCAAGUCGCAUUGUACCAGAUUUGACGUUAAUGAUGCCAAAUGGCAUUGGUUUUUAAGCGUUUCGUAACCAAUCGUGUUUGGCUCACUACAGUGUAUAAAGAAAAACCUUUUUCAAAUCUUCCACACGUUUUCCCUCCACUAUCCAAAAGAAGAUUCCAGUGCCUUAAAAGUAUAUAUUACAGUGCUUGCAAGGCAGCGCUGUAUUGAUGUUCUUAAAACAUUCUAUUUUUCUUCUUUCUGCGAUUAAUUCCGCUUAAAGCUGAUGUAAUUUCUGAGCCACUAUAGCGCCACCAAACAGAAUUCCAAAAAUAAACUUUGUUUACAAAACAGCUUUCUGAAUACGCCCUCCAUCUGCCAUUGGUCAAAUAAAGAAGUAAACACGCCUCCAACUCACGCCACAUUGGUUGAGUAACGUUGAUGGGGCAGGUCUCAGCAGGUUGCUCAAAACAAACAGCAGUUUUCAUAGCACCACAGAAACACAGUGCUUACAGUUUUCAAGAACAUUUACCUAUGAAUGGCUUACUAAUAGUUGUCUCUACAUAUUAAGCUGGAAUAGGAGAAAGUAUUUUAACACAGAAAAAGUUACAACAGCUUUAAAUUGCUUACAAAGACUUGAUUCAGACUUUUUUUUUAAAGAUAAUUUCAGCAUUAUGUAUCGUUCACACUGAUGCAUUUUUGCGUCCGCCUGCAAAGUUUUUAAAUUGUUUUUCUGUGUAAACAUGCGCUAGACAAAUGUUUCACUGUUUUUUCAGAGUCUCACACAGGAGUACAGCGUUUUUAAAAAAUGCAACUCGAGACAUCUUGCUAUCUGUGCUACCUAUUUUUUUUAAAUGCAUAGUAUUUGCAUACUGAACUCCGAUUGGUCUUAUUAACUGCAUUCAUUUGCAUACUAAAUUGUGAUUGGUCUUCUCUUGCAUCUAUUUAACUGUUUCUACACUGCAAAGCUAGUGUUGUAUUAUUUUAUGGUGCCUUGAUCCCGCCACGGAAUAAAAAUAAGACUUUAUAUCUCACAAUUCUAACUUUGUCUUGCAACUGUGAGAAACAAAGUCUCUGUCCAUCAUAGCGCCAUACCAAACUCACGAACUCUCUUAUGCUCUGUUUUUGUCUGAUAUCAAAGCAUUCUCAAUAAAACUGAACAGGAAGGGGAAAAAAUAAUUAAAAU